AUGACUUCUAAAAUUAUUUCUCUUGGUUCUGAUUUUCUAAAUUAAUACUUUGAACAAAAAAGCUUAAGUAUUGUAAUAAAAUAAUUUUCAAAAUAGAUUGUUUCUUAUCUAUUAAUAUAACCUGACCUGCAAAAAUUAAAAUUUUUGUUUACAAUUUAUGAAGGAGAAAAGAUUAACCAAAUUAAACUUCAAAGAGUAGAUAGACUUUAUACAGUAUAAAAAUAAAAUGAAAUUAAAACAAAAAUUGACAAGAAUGAAUAGCAAUUUUUAUCUUAACUUAAGAGCUAAUUCUAUUUUCUAAAUACUCUUUAAGAAAUUCUUUUGAUUUCUCUCAAAUAAAUGGAUUUUAAUUUAAUUUUCUAAAGAAAUAUCGAAAUGAGGUUUCAUAAAAUAGGUUGGUCAUUUAUACCUUAAAAUUUUAAUACCAAGCUUAUAGAUUAAAUAUAAAUUUAGCAAAUACCCUGCUAUAUUAAUUUAUCAAACAUUUCUGCUAUUUUGAAUAAAAUUUAAAUUAGUUUAACUAAAAAGUACAUUCACUUUCCUGAUGUUUAAAUAUUUCCAUUAUGCCAAAUAGGCAGAGAGUUUUUACUCAAUUUUAAUAGUGAAAGAAAUACUUAUAGCACAGAGGAUUUAAUUAGCUCUUUUAAAUAUUAUGAUAUUAAAUUUUCUUAGUCUAAGUACUUAGUUGAAGCCUUAGAAUUUGCUUUAACUAGCAUGAACUUAUGGUCAGAAUCAAUUAAAACACACAUUUUAGAAGAGUUUUCAUAUAUUUGA